AUGUACUGGCCGUAUGCGAACGCGCACCGGCUCAGCGCUGCGCCGGGGGGGGCGGAGCGCGGCGCGCUGCAGCUCGCGCCGUCGAGAGAGGGUGUGCUGUGGCUUGCAUUGACACGCACAUCGCUUCAGGUGUGGAGUACACGCCCGUGCGAAUUCCUCGCGGCCGUCGAGCGCACCGAGCACAGCCUGGGCGAGUACGGCGAGAAUGUCUGGGCCGAGUGGCGGCACGACACGGGGGCAAUUGCGGUGCGCACCGCACGCAAUAUGCUUCUUUUUUAUGAUCUCGUGGGCGAGGGGGGGUACGCGUACGGCGCCGAGCAGGGCACCGUGCCGUCGCCCGCCGCCUUCCACGCGACCUUUCGCGCGAUGACCGGCGAGCACUUUCGACCACCGCACAAUGUCGCAGUCGGGGCUGGCGUGCGUAUACGGCUCGUGUUCCGUCACGCGCUCACAGUCGAACCGGGAAUCGCGUCGGUCACGGCGUACGAAGCCUACCUCUUGCUGGCGACCAAAUCCCCAGCUGCGGUCCAGCUCGUGGCAUGGCCGGGCAUCGAGGCGGCGUCGUACCCCACGCUCGUGCUUAGCGAGAUGGACUGGAUCGAGUCGGAUGCACCGCUCACACACGCCGUCUAUUCGCGGGCGAUGGCGAUGUUUGUAUGGAUCGCCGGCGACUAUGCGUACGUCGCCGGGAGCGACGGCGAGGGGUGGAUCGGCUCUGCGUUUUGGAGCCCCGAAAAAGGGCGCGCCAUGCCAGUAACUGCGGCGGUCAAUGCGCGCUUCAGUCUCGUGGCGCUCGGCGAUGUCGACGGGCACGUUACCCUGUUUGAGUUCCAGACGCCAGACGAGCGCCCGACCGAGGUGCUUACGCUCGACGUGCCCACUGCACUGCACGCGACCGAUGCCUACCUCGCGACCGGACCCGUGGCAUCGCUCGCGUGGACGUCCGACGGCCAUGCACUGCUUGCCAGCUAUGAAAAGGGCUGGGCGCUUUGGAGCACCUUUGGCACGCUCCUCUUUCACAGUUUCCGCGACGACUGGGACUCGUCGACGCGUGCCUUUCGCGACUCGUUCAUGUUUGGCAUCCGCAGCGCAUUCUUUGGGCCCGGAAAUACCGAGGCCUUUGUCGCGGCGCACGACGAGGAAGGCGAGGCGCUUGCGUAUGCCAUCCCGUUUGUCAAGUCUUCCAGCACGGCGCAAAUGAUGCCAGAAGAAGCGGCGCAUGCACUCCUGCAGAGCGACGACAGCGUAUUCGUCUACCGUGGCCACGAGCUCCAGGACGACAGCGUGCUCGCGCCGGAGAACGACGCGUGGCGCCACGUCAGCCUCCCGCCCGCGUACCUCGCGGCGCACUGGCCGAUCCGGUACGCGACGCUGUCAAGCGACGCGCGGUUCGUCGCCGUGGCCGGUCGCCGUGGCCUUGCGCACUUCAGCUGCCAGUCCGGGCGCUGGAAGACGUUUGUGAACCCCGCGCAAGAACUGUCGUUUUCCGUGCGUGGCGGCCUCGUCUGGUUCCAGCAUGUGCUGAUUGCCGCAUGCGACUACGACGGCGAAAUCCAGCUGCGCCUGUAUUCGCGCGAUGCGGACCUCGCAAAUGCCAACCUGCUGGAUCUGAUCAAGCUCCCGUCACCGGUGGUGCUCAUGUCCCUCUUUGAUACCAGUCUGCUAGUGUACACGGCAGACAACACCCUGUACCACUAUCUGAUCACGCCGACCGCCGAGCACAUCCGCCUGCGCCUGUGCGGCAGCAUUUCGUUCGAAGGCAUUGUCGGCGAGCCCGCGCGUGUACGUGCCAUGUCAUGGAUCCUCCCGCCGAGUCAGCAGGCGAUGGGCGAUCCUGCACAGGACUUGACGUACGCGAGUCUCCUCUUCUUGAUCGACGCAAAGCUCGUGCUGCUGCGCCCGAGCCGCGGUGAAGACGGCGACGUGAAUCUCGCGUACGACCUGCAGAUCCUCCACGAGCAAACCGAGGCGUACUGGACGAAUCUGCAGAGCCGCGGGCCACUGCACAACUCGCUCUGGAGCUACGACGGAGGGAGCAUGAGCGUGUGGCCCGAUGUGCUUGCGCUUGCGCUCGGCGAGACACUCGCGCCGAGCGCUGUGCUUCCCCUCGAUACCUACCCCAUCUGCAUUCUCCUUGCGCGUGGCGUCGUGUUUGGCGCCGAAGGCACAGCGACCAUCCGCAAGACGCUCGACACGGCCUCCUUCCGCCAGCGGUCCAAGACGACACCGUUCCUGCACGCGCUCCUGCGCGUCUAUCUCAUGAAGCAGCAGCUCGACGAGGCGCUCGAUAUUGCCGCGCCGUACCGCGCGCUGACCUACUUUGGCCACUCGCUCGAGCUGCUUGUGCACGAUCUGCUGGAGGAGGAGGCCGACGCACGGCCGCCCCUUGCGCCGAGUGCACGCCGCCUUCCGCUCAUCCUGCAAUUCCUCGACUACUUUGAAAAUGCGCUGCGCGUCGUGGUGAACGUCGCACGCAAGACCGAGGCCACGCGCUGGCCCACGCUCUUUGACGCGGCCGGGCGGCCGCAGACGCUCCUGCGCCACUGCCUCGACGAGGGCGACUGCGACACAGCACGGCUCUACCUGCUGAUUGUACACGAACUCGAAGACAGCGAGACAAGCAUCGCACUCACCGCCGCGGUCCUCGACGCACUCGAGCGGCAACAAAAGUGGGACGCCUUGCGGGAGCUGCUCAGCUUCCUGCGGUCCCUGGAUGAGGACGGCGCGAUGCUACACGCAUCGCUCCGUGCCGCACAUACACACCUCGCACCUGACUCGGUCCUCGUGACCGAAACACGCGACGCGCCGCCCCCACCGCCGAAGCGCGCGUUGGUCGCCGCGCCCCGCCGGCCGACGUCGCGCCCGGAACGCGUCGAGGCGCACGAAUCGAGCGCCGUGAAUCCUGCCGUACAUACCCUCCACGAGGCGGCACGACACGCAUCACUCACCCUGUCCCCCGUCGCGCUGCCGGUGCGGCAUGCGAAUGGGCGCAUUGUGAUGGCGCCGGGCGCUUCGCCACGCCCUUGA